AUGCCUGUGGGCAUUCAGCGGCUCAACGCCCGUCGGACGCAGCCCAACCCGAACAUUGUCUUCAUCAAGCCUCUUCCAGGCCCCGAUUCCGCGAUUGCCGAGAAAUUCCUCGAAAGAAUCGCAGCACAAUGCCUCCCCAUUAUGAAGGAGCACCACCUCUCCGUCGUCACGCUCGAAGAGUACGAGCCCAAUCGGGAAUUCGUCGGGCGCAACUUCAACGCCGGCGAAGUCAUCCAGCUGGUGCUCAAAUCGGCGCGGCCGCCGCACCGCUGGCUGCCGUUUCGCUACGUGCAGAUGGUCAUGAUGCACGAGCUCGCGCACUGCGUGCAAAUGAACCACUCGCGCGCCUUCUGGGCCGUCCGCAACGCCUACGCCGCGGCCAUGACGGGCCUCUGGUCCAAGGGCUACACGGGCGAGGGCAUCUGGGGCCGGGGCGCGGCGCUCGGCACGGGCGCGUGGGAGCACAACACCGUCACCGAGGGGGAGCUGCUGCCGGAGCAUCUCUGCGGAGGCACGUAUCGGUCGAGGCGGAGGGGCAGGAAGCGCAAGCCCAAGCUGUCGUGGAAGGAGCAAAAGGAGCGGCGCAUCGCCAAGAAGUUUGGCACCAACGGCACGGCGCUGGGGGCGGACGAGGUGGCCAAGGUGAAGCUCGAAGGCGGGAAAAAGGUCUCGAGCAAGCCGCGUGUGGCGGGCAGCGCGCGAGGGCGGGAGUUGAGAGCUGCGGCGGCGCUGGCGAGGUUCGAUACGCAAAAGGUCGAGGAGGUGCCGAUCAAAGACGACGAGACGGCGAGCGAGAGUGACUACGAAGAGGAAGAGGACGGUGUGGCGGCGGUGGAUGUGGACGGAAAGAUGAUGAAGGACAAGGACGGGCAGUCCAUGGUCAAGGUGUGCGAGGAUGAGGACGGGAAUGACCCGGCGGCGCUGAACGAGCGCGAUGAGCUGCGGAGUGUGUUUGCGCGGCCGCGGGCGGUGGUAAAGAGCGAGGGCACGCCACGAGUCAAAGGCGAACCCGAAAGCAGCAGCGGCGGCGGCGACGCUGGGCCGAGUGAGAUAUCGCCGGAGAAGAGGCCGCUGCGGCUGCACGACAUUCCGCAUAUCCGCGACGCAGUGCCGCCGCCGCCGUCAAAGACGACAGCAUCAAAGGCGACGAAACCAGCGUCCUCGAGACUGACGGCCGCUGCAUCGACAGCGACUGGCAGACCAGCAAUCACGAUUCGGCGUCUUCCAGCUACGACGCCGAAGCAGGCACCGCCGCCGCCACAAGUAGCACGACCGGUCAAGGACGAGGAAGCGCCACCGACAGGCGGUGGCGGCGCUUCGGGGCCAGCGGGAGAAACGCCAGGCACAUGCCCGCUGUGCUCGCUGGACAAUGACGCCACGGCGCUGCGGUGCGCGGCGUGCGCGAAUGUGCUCCGGCCCGACGCGGUGCAGGGCUCGUGGACGUGCGGCAGCGCGUCGUGCGAGGGUACGGGGAAGGUCGUGUAUAAUGAAUGA